CGCUAAUAUAGAAUUUUUUUUUAUACGGGUGAUAUAUGUUUCAUCUUUUAUGAUUAAAGUACUAUUUAAGCGAGAUAUACACUAUAUGAAAAUUGUAAUAAUAGUUUAUUAACUAAUGGUAUUAAAAUAUGGAUUGGAGUAUUGUACUAGAUCUAACGGUUGUAGUAUUUGAAUGUUUAUAGCACGAGAAGAGCUCCGACUUUCUAGGGAGGGCGAUUAUCAGUGGAUGCACUAGGGUUUCUCAUUUUUCCAUCGCCGUCAUGGCGGCGGUGACAGAACCGCCGGCCAGAGGGGGGUUACCCCAGGAUUUGCUAUCGGGCCAACGACGCCCGCCCUUUGCUUCGUCGUCUCCCAACCCGAAAGGGGAUAAGGAGGCACAACAUGCUAAGAAAAAGGCGAAACCAACAACGACAAUUCUCGCGACCGAGGCUUUUGCUGAAGAUGUAACUAUGGAAGCUGAAGCGGAACAGAUGCGUACAUCGCCAACCCAUACCCUGCUAAGCUCUGCAUGGACACACGGGAUGAGAGCAGCGCGCCGUUUGUUCGGCGAGGACGCAAGAACUGAGGAAUGGUACGUAGCAGAUUCAGACUCAGAAGAUGUAGCUGCGACAAUGAGGGAUGAUGGGAAAGAAACCGGGAGUGACGAUGAGGAUGAUCCACUUUUCUUGCCAAUACCCUUCUCGGCGGCAGAGGAGCGACAGUACUGCCGUCAAUGGAGGUCGACGUUGGUGGUCAAGGUUCUAGGGCGGUCAACCUCCUACACGGCGAUUUCUCGGAGACUGAAUGCUAUCUGAGCUAAGGCUGGAGGAAUUCAAGUCACAUCGGCCAAGAAUGGAUACUAUCUAGUGCGCUUUACGAGGGGAAUUGACUACGAGCGAGCAAUCACGGGCGGGCCAUGGAUGAUGGGAGAAAAUUAUCUCACUGUUCACAUGUGGGAUAAGAAUUUUGAUCCCUACAAUCAUGCUAUUUCGUCCACCCUGGUCUGGGCUCGACUACUUGAGAUACCAAUAUAAUAUUUUCACCCUAAUGCUGUUAUGAAGAUUGGUAGGCGCAUUGAAAAACCGAUCCGGGUUGAUCAGGCCACCCGAAUAGGGGCGCGGAGCGAUUAUGCUCGUGUUUGUGUUCAAGUAGAUUUGACCAAGCCGCUUCUUUCUCAAUUCCGAAUCCAUGGAAAGAAGUACUUUAUCCAGUACGAGGGUUGGAAAAAACAUGCUUGCAAUGU